CUAUGGCACAGACGAACAAGGUCAUCCGGGACUGACACACCGAUGGACAGUAGAGGCAGUUCAUUGUCGGUUGGUCUUUGUAUGGAGAUAGCUGAAAAUACCAUUAAUGUAUAGAAAACCACCAGUUUGGGAUCAUAUUUGAAAAAGUUGCAUACUGUAGCUUUAAUCAAAUAUCAAUUCUGUUUCAAACUCGACACAAGUCUGUUCAGAAGGUUCCGUUAAAAUCUGCUCAGAGUUCCAGUGUGCCUGGUCCUUGUGAGCCAGGCACCAUAGGAGCCUUAGAAAAUGCUACCGGCGAUGCGCGGAGCAGAGCGGGGCGGGGUUUCUGUCGGACCUGUUGUGCGGAUCGGGCAGGUUUCUUUCUCAGCUGCAGUCUGAGGGGUUUUGGUCGUGUCCCCCGGCGGAUCGCGGAGCAGCCCGCUGAGCUCAGGAAACACCCUCCUGAUGCACAAGGUUCCUCCUCACCUUCCUCAUCAUAGUCACAGCAGGUUACUUUAACAGGUAAAGAGGAGCUGCCAUGUUGGCCUCCUCCAUCCCCCUGUCACUCCUCUUCUUCCUCCUCCUUCCCUCUCCCUCCCUCACUGUUGAUGUCAUCAUGACCUCUGACCCCUCAGUGAGGUGGGUGGAGCUACAAGGUGCUCCCCUCUCUCACCUGCUGUUGGACCCAGGGUCGGGCCAUCUGUAUGUGGGUGGGGUCAACUACCUGUACCAGCUGACCUCUGACCUGGAAGUGAUGUCACACAUAAGGACAGGCCCUCACCUGGAUUCUCCGGAUUGCCUCCCUCCAAUUGUCCCCCAGGACUGUCCCUCAGCUUCACUCACUCACAACCACAACAAACUGCUGCUGAUGGAGGCAGGGCAGGGGGCGGAGCCAGGGAGUCUUAUCAUCUGUGGUUCACUGUAUCAGGGCAUCUGUGACAAGAGGAGUCUGUCCAACAUCUCUCAGCUCAUCUAUCAGACAUCUAACCCUGUCGACACGCAGUACGUAGCAGCCAACGACCCCCGAGUCUCCACCGUUGCUGUGGUAAUAACUACGGAGAACACCCAGGAAGGGGGCGGUGUGCUCCGUCUCAUGCUGGUAGGUCGAGGCUACACCAGCAAAGGUCCCGGUGAUAUCCCACCAAUCACCACACGCCGUCUGUUCCCAGUGGUCCCACCUCGCCGAGCAUUUUCUCAGGAGGAGGAGCUGGGGAAACUUGUCGUAGGAAGUUACUCUGAAUAUAAUAACCAUUUUGUGAAGGCCAUCACCCAUGGCAACUACAUUUACUUCCUGUUCUCCCGUCGUGACAUGUGGCACAAGAAGGAGUAUCGGACCUAUGCCUCCCGGCUCUGCACCUCUGACCGCAGCUUCUACUCGUACGUGGAGGUGCCACUGCUGUGCCAUGGCGGGUACAACCUGGCUCAAGGAGCAUGGUUAGGAAACCACUCAAGUAAACCCACCCUGUUUGUUGUCAUGGCAGCGGGGCAGGCCUCCACACCAGUAGCAACAAGUCGAUCAGCACUGUGUGUUUAUGUGAUGGCAGAGCUGGAUGCUAUGCUGCAACGAGCACAGGAGCUGUGCUACACAGAGGGAGGACGAGGCAGCAGUGGACAGGAAGAGGCCUACAUUGAGUAUGCUGUGUCAUCAAAGUGUCUGAAACUACCAAAGGUUUCUCUGUCAGAGUACACCUGUGGAGGGGAACACACCCCGAACCCCAUCGCCAGUGCUGUGCCGCUGCAGGCCACACCCACAUUUAUCUCCACCACCCAACUGACCGCUGUCACCACAACAACAGAGGCAGGACACACCAUCGCUUUCCUUGGAAACAGAGGGGGGCAACUGCUCAAGGUGUUGGUGCGUUCUGAUAUGUCCGGUGAUCUGUAUGGCAGUGUAUCAGUGGACAGUGGCACUGCAGUGAGCGCUGACCUCCUAUUGGAUGACAGCCAGCAGCACAUUUAUGUUUUAACUAACAGCAGGCUGUCAAAGGUUCCUGUGUCAUCAUGUCAGAGACAGACAGACUGUCAUUCCUGUCUCACCGAUAGAGACCCGUACUGUGGCUGGUGUGUCCUGGAGGGAAGAUGUUCCCGUAAACAUCAGUGUCAGCGUCACAUGCAGCCCAAUCAUUGGCUCUGGAGCUUUGAACCAACCAAUCAGUGUGUGGCAGUGCAGAGCCUGCAGCCGGCCAAUCAGAGCAAAGAUGAGCGGUCACAGGUAAUACUGUCAGUUGUCCAGCUUCCUGCCCUCACUGAAGUUGAGGCUCUGUCCUGCGUUUUCGGUUUGCUCCCGCCUCAGCCUGCCACCAUCAUAGGAAGCAGCAUCACCUGUCAGUCACCUGCGCCGGAGCUCCUCCCACCCAUGCCAACAGGAAGUGAUCACAUGAUCUUGCCCGUGUCACUGCUGUUUGGUCAUGUGAUCAUCACCACCGGUAACAUGACCUUCUAUGACUGUGGAGCCGUGAGCCGACUGAACCAGAGCUCCCAGUGUCUGGCGUGUGUCAGCAGUGUGUGGAGGUGUAACUGGUGUCCUCUGGACCAGCUCUGCACUCACAACCACAGCUGUCCCAACCAGCACAUCAUCCUCAACCACAGAGACUCUUCUGGUCCCAUUUCCUGUCCUCUGGUCUUCGCCCUGCAGAGUUCUGCCUUGGUGCCGAUGGGCCUGAGCACUACUGUGAUUUUACGGGGACGCAACCUGAACGUCUACACUGAUGAAGCUCAGUACGAGUGUGUUGUAGAAGUUGAAGGAGUCCAGUUUAAUCUAACAGCUGCUGUAGAUAAAAGACUCGACAACACACAUACCUUCACCUGCAACCCACACCAGGUAACACAAUAGUGAUAGUUAUGGAUGAAGCAAUGUUAACAAAGGUGUCACUCGAAUAGAGAUGGGUAAUGUUUGUUGAAUUGGCAUUGGACAAUGUCUACAGUAAAACAUCGCAAUGGACGCUGGCUUCGGGGCCAGGGGGGUCAGCUAAAAGUACUCCUUUGCCCAUCUGGCAGCACUUUGGGUUAAAGUAACAAAACAAAACACCAGUAAAAGUGCAGGGGUUGUUCUUUUGUAAUGUAAAAGAUGAUAGACGACAGAUCUUCAUGACCAUUUGUGUACACACCGUCCUCUAGAACAUGUUACAUUCCUAUCGUACGUAGACAUAGAGUUGACAUUAGUUAGGGACAGCUGGUACAACUCCGCUGGUUAUUUUAACCAGAAGCAGUGAAGAUCAGCAGAAGCUGCUACCUGAACGAUUUUCACA